CCUUACCCAUUCUUGCCGCGAGUGAGAACACAUGAUAAGCGGCCUCCGUGCGCCGCCCGCUGCAAAUUGCACGUCGUAUACGUCCACUCAACAUGCCUCGCCCAGCUCUCCUACUCCUCGCCGCGUGGCAGGCCGUCACAGCCUUCAGAGUGCCUGCACCUGUGUUGCAGCGCAAAAAGCUCCUCGCGCCGGCCAAGUUGCCGCCACCGCUGCGAGCUGCCGCCGCCGACGACGCCGCCGUUGAGAAAGUCGAAAAACCGCCUCUAACACCACGUCUCGCGGGGUUCGCGGCGCUUGCCAUUGCGGACGAGGCCUGCCGCGUCGCUUUCAAAGGAUCGGGCCUGCCCCAUUCCUUGGCCGGGGGCGGCGCACUAGUCGCUUUAUUAAUAGCGACGGGCUCGAUCGGAGAAAAGCUCCAUAAAAAACUACUCGCGCCUGGAGCUACACUAUUACUUAGUUGGAUGCCGGUGUUUUUUGCUCCCGCACUCGUAUUGCUGCCGCUGGCCGAGCCCGUCGUCGCGACAGCCAGAGAUGCCGCGGCGUUAGCGGUCGUGGUCUUUGGUGGGUUAGCAGUGUCGCUCUCGGCCACGGCACUUGCCGUCAGCACCGUCUGUUCUGAUGAAUGUACGGCGGCGUCGGACACCUGGUCCAAGUCGAGGCCGGCCCAAGUGCCCUUCGGGAGUCCUCUCCUGAAACCGUUAGGGGUGGCUACCCUUUUGUCAGGGGUGUUAGCGGCGCAAGGCAAACUAGCCUUCAAGAGGCCCUACUUCGUCGCAGCAACACUCGGAAGUUUCGUCUUUGGGAGCAGGUUCGCAUCUAGCCUAGCGAAGAGCGAAAGCAAGACGAAGAAGGCCCUCGCGCGCGCGCUGCAUCCCGUAGCACAAUGCGCACUCGUGACGACGGUCGCGUGCCGCAUCCUAGCGAAGGCGACGUCGAAAACUACCACAGCGACCCUAAAGUCCUACGCUACAUUAGCAGGCGCGCCUCUACAACGUUUACUGGGCGCUUCGGUACUGGCCCUAGCCUGCGGCGUGUAUGGGAGAAGAAGGGAGGUCAAAGACAACUGGAAACCCGUAGCGGCGGGCACGGUCUCGGGCGUCGGGGUCGGCUUGUACGGCACGGCGUUGGCCGCGAGAGCCGUGCAACUCCCGAAAGCCGCGAGGUACGCUCUCCUGCCGCGGUGCAUCACCUCGCCUCUCGCGGUGGCCGUCUGCACGGCCUUGCAGACGGACGCGGCGGCAGCUGUGGCAUUAGUAGUGGUCACGGGCGUGCUGGGUGCGGCCUUCGGUCCAAGUGCAUUGGACGCGCUAGGAACGAAAGAUCCAGUGGCAAGAGGCAUGGCCAUGGGCGCGGCGGCGCACGGCAUCGGCACGGCGCAGAUGGGCGACGAGCCCGACGCGCAGCCUUUUGCGGCGAUCGCGAUGUCUCUCGUUGGUGCCGCGUCCGUAGUGGCCGCGGCGACGCCGGCGAGCCGCGCGCUGCUGCUCCGGGCGGCGGGGGUCUAGGCGGGACGCGCCUUCUUUCCCCCUCUCUAAAUUAUACCAAGUC